CAGUUUCUUUGAAAUCGUCAGGAGAAAUGUCGAAGCAGUUACAUCCAUGGCUCUUCACCAUCUUCAUCUUGGUAACAACGUUCUUCCAUUCGUCUUUCGCCGAUGUCGGCACGGCUGCUCAUUACAGCCCCCCAUAUCUUCCCACCGCCUGCUUCGGGGGCGACACCUCCAUGUUUCCGACGAACAACUUGUUUGCGGCUGCCGGGGAUGGGAUAUGGGACAACGGCGCUUCAUGUGGGCGGCAAUACUUGGUUAGGUGCAUCAGUGCGGCUAUCCCCGGAACUUGCAAUCCAAGUGAAACUAUACAAAUUAAGAUCGUAGAUCAAGCCGACACAUCGGUGUCUAGGCCUUCUGCUAGCGGUGCUACGAUUGUUCUUUCCACCACUGCUUUCGGCGCCAUUGCAAACCCCUCUGCUUCAUCCAUUAACAUCGAAUACCAACAGGUCUGAAGUUUUGAAGAUUGCCGUACGGUACUCGUUUCAUGGAUCUCACUCUUCUGGAU